CAAAAAUCUACUGGAGAUGUCUUUCUGUGUCCACGCUCAGACCAGAGGUCUUGGUCAGUUUUUCGAUGUUGAUAAAUGAGUUUUCAGAUGUUCUUCAACCUCUAGUACCUUUAUUCCGUUUUCUUUUCCGUAUUUGAUCAGAACGUAGGUGGAAAAAUCAUUAGCAAGGCAAAUUGUACAAGAACGAGGGCGUGUAAAAAUGCUUCUUCUUUACUUCAAACGAAAAGUGUUCACGAUGAAAGAGUGAGAUUGAGCAAUGACUUGUAGAGAGCAGAGCGCGUUAUGAGGAGGACGAGGACGAGAGGUGGAGUGUCGGAUGUCAUUUUCAUGCUGUGCUGGUGUUCCCAGACGAAAAAGAAAAACUCGAUUUAUGACGCUGUUUUGUUGAUUCUCAAUCACCUUCGAAUCGGUCUCAUUCAUGCCUCAUCUGAAAUCGUGUGCCAGCAUCAGUCAAGAGAAGCAGGAAAGUGUCUGACUAGAUUCGAUUUCCGAAUCGUACAUUUUGAAAACGAACCCCAACUUUGACUUUCUCCCAUAGAAAUAUCUAUCCCAACACAGUGGAUAAACUUAAAAAGGAAGCGCUAACAAAUUAAUAGAAUAUUAUUAGUAGCGAUUAGAAGUUCAAGCGUAAGCGUUCUCACACGUUGUGCAAGGUAGUUUGAAUUGACCGUAUUUUGAUCUGUGGUUUUUGCAAACAGUCCACCUCUACUCAGUCCUAGUAAAAAUAUUACUGCUCGUGCAUCAGAAAGCUACUUGUUGCAUUUCAUCCAAGAGGACAAAAAUAGCGUACAGAUCUACCUGCUUCUAUCUUUAAUACAGGUCUUUCCCCAGUCCAAAAAAAAAAGUUUCCCAAAAAAACCGAAAAAAUGUCCAUCCCCAGUAUCCCUGGUGGCCAUUCGGGGCCAAAAACGCCGAAAUUGUGUGUGCAUUUGGCCGAUGUCGAAGACUUGGAUGAGGACCCAACAUCUUUCGCAGUUGCUAUGGAUGGAUCACUUGGUGCUAGAGCUUGUCUGGAUCUCGCUUACAAGUUCUUUUUUCAGAAGAAAGCGGCAUCGACCGUUGAGGUGAUUCACAUCUACGAUCCAACAGUACAAGACGGGUUGAUGCGCGGAUACAAAAAAGACGUGAUCGAGUCGGAUGUGAGGGCGUAACUAAUAUUUAAUGCCACUAAAAAAGAGUUAGUAGAGUUUUUGCUGAUUUUGCCUUGAUAUUUCUUCGAUUUAUUAAUUUUGAUGAUGUUCAUGCAUGAUAGAUUUUGAUUUUGUUGAUGUAGUACUGGUAAUUAUAACGGAUCGGGAUCAUCAUGACCUUGAUUCAUUCAUUUUCAUCGCAGUGAAAAGCAUCCGACUCCUCUUCAUUUCUCACUCCAAAACAAACAUCAGUCUCGACAUCUCCCACGGAAAGCGAUUCACCCUGACCGUUGUCCCCAAGAACGGCAGCGAGGUUGAGGGAAAGACCCUGUGCAAAUGGACCUACGACAAGGAAGAGCAAGGUCACUGCAUUGAUUUUAUGCUGAUGGGUUUCAAGGGCAGCAAGAACGCAAGCGAGGAAGCACUCUUAGCAUCUGACGUGUCAUACUGUCUGGCGUAUUCGAGAUGCAGCAUGAUCGUUUUGAGGGAUUGGACUAUGCCAGAGAGCGGACUUUUGCAUUACCUGGUGCCAGUGGACUUGAGUCAGUGGUAAUUAACUACAUCUACAACUACCAACUGCCUUUUUUGUUUUUGAGUGAGUGUUUUUCUUGCAUUGGUUUCUUAUUCAUGGUGACAUGCAACAUACCCAAGACCAAGUUGAUUAUUGCCUCCGUAGUCAACAUAGUGGUACCUAGUACUGGAACUGGAAUUCACAUGUCUUCUUCUUCAAGAAUGCCAACAUACCCCUUGACUUUCAAAAAUAUGCUCUCCUGCUCUACAUUUCAACCCACACAGGUCCGAGAAAGCUCUCUACGACGCCUUACUUCUCUCGAAUCCUGGAGACAAAAUCACUGUCCUCCGAGUCAGUUUCGAGUCUCAGGAGACUGAGGGCAGACACAAGGAAUACUAUCAGAAGCUGAUAGACCGCAUAAGUAAGAAGUUCGGCAAGCCACGAGACAUCCAAUUGCAAGUGGUCACGUCUGCCGGAAAAGGCGUCUCCAACUGCAUCUUGGACUACGCGGAUGAUAGCAAUGUACUUUAUAUGUUCUUGAACGAUUCUUUGCUGUUCUUGUAGAUUAUAGUUCUUCAACAACGUAGUUUUGAAAUCUGGUGUUAUCUUUUUAGACUGUGACUGUAGUUUCAAGAUUAUAGUUCCUCAACAACGUAGUUUUGAAAUCUGGUGUUAUCUUUUUAGACUGUAGUUUGUUCAAGAUCGACGUCCUGAAGCGGAACUAAAACUACCUCAAUUUUUCUUCUCAUGCACCCAUUCCCAUCAAACCAGGUCGACUUUAUCUGCAUGGGCACUGACGUGAAACGACUGCAGUCUCAGAAGUCCUAUCUCGGAUCCGUCUCUGGCUCCGUCCUCCUCAGCGGCAGAUAUCCUAUGGUAAUCGCGCGAUAUGAUGCGGAAUUUGAGUCCGUCGUCAGCUCCAACUCGAAGCCCUUCAUCGAGGGUCUGCCGCAGAGCCUGGACAUCAAGAUUUUUGGAAACAAGUGAACAAUAUAGCAGCUGUAGAAGAAACUUUCUUAGAAGAGACUUUCUUGGAAGAGACUUUCUUAGAAGUCGUGUACGACGAUGAAGAAGAACGAUACGCAUUCUUAUUUUGAAAUUCAGAAUGAUGGAUUUGAUGUCUGGAAACAAAGGAUUAUUGGAAAUUAGUUGUUCGUAGGUAGACAUCUCAAUUACUCAGAACUAUACCGUACUUACUACCAUUAUUAUUAUUAUAUGUGGUACUUACUACCAUGUCAAAGCCGAUACGGAUCGGCAAAUGUAAAAUUUUGCAUACAAUCGAAAACCCAAGCGAAAAAUAGUUCCCAUUUCUCGAGAGGCCGUAUCCCGGUAUUUUUAAAGAACCAGCAAUAAAUUACUAGUCCAAAUUGAGAAACAAAAGAACUAUCAAAAAUGAUGAUGUUGUUGAAAACCUUGAUGUUUUGUCGUGUGAUGACUAUGUUGACUAAUGACCAAGUUCUAGUUCAAGGAUCUAGUUUUUUUUCAUCUAUUCCUUUGACCUGGACCUUGACGUUGACAACAAAGAAGAGGUUAUGAAAAUCCGAUUGUGUUUAUCUUUAUGUAACCAAAGCAAAACCACAGUUAAAGACGAUUGAAAAUAGCAAGCUAAACAGCGCAACCAGUCCGAAAGCAAGCGGAAGCAGUAGUAAGUAUGAUGAGAAAUUAAAAGAAAUCUAAAAUGAAGAGCCUAGCUCGUAGGAUGAAUUUACCAUGAACUAAAAAGGAAAGGAUAGGUGAGGACCGAGUUGUUGGUCUCAUUUUUUCGGUAUAUUAAGACCUUAUCGAGAUUGACGCAUGUGUGAGCGCAGGGACUACACAUGAUACGUCUUCUCGUACAAACUCUCGAAAGAUGAGUGUAUGUUUUUCUCCGGUUCUUAUUCUUUAAGUUGAUACGAUAGAU